AUGGAUGAAGAUUCUUUUCCACAUUAUCGUCGACGAAAUAAUGGUAAAAAUUUUGAACGUCCUGGUCAUGAUGUUGCUGCAAUAACUUUUGAACCUAAAACUGAAAAUAUAAUUAUUGAUCAUGAUGAGAUCCAUAAUUAUAUCGAAACUCGUUAUGUUGGUCCUGUUGAGGCCAGUUGGCGUAUACUUGGCAAAAAAUUACAAGACAAAAGUCAUGUUGUAUUACGUUUACCAGUUCAUUUACCUAAUGAACAAAAUAUUACCAUUGAAAAUGAAUGUGUUGAAGAUGUCUUGUUUUCUGUUGUAGAUCAAGUUACUAUGUUGAUAGACUAUUUUGCUUUAAAUUUGCGUGAUGAGGAAGCUAAAAAUUAUUUAUAUACAGAAAUCCCACGUUAUUACACAUUUAAGAAAAUAAAAAUUAAUGAUAAAAAUGUUUCACGUUGGACUAAACGUAGAGCAACAAGUUUUCAAAAUUUAAAAGUUGUAAAUGGAGAAACACAUCAAACAUUUCCUGCUGCAUGCUUAGCCUUAGGGUUAAUUGAAGAUGAUGAAGAAUGGAAUAGAGCUAUGAAUGAAGCUGUGAAAUGGAUGAUGCCACAACAAUUACGUAGAUUAUUUAGUCGAAUUUUAAUACAUUGUAAUCCACUAUAUCCUGAAAAAUUAUGGGAAAGUUUUAAAGACGCUUUAUCAGAAGAUUAUGUCAGGAAUAUUGAAAUAGAUAUUUUCAUUUUGGACGAAGCACCAAUGGCUCCACGAUAUGCCUUAGAGAUUAUGGAUCGCACCUUACGUGACAUUACUGAUAAUAAUUUACCAUUUGGUGGAAAAAUUAUUAUUUUGGGUGGAGAUUUUAGACAACUACUUCCAAAAACACAUAGUACCAGAAGUGAAAUUGUUAAUUUAUCCAUCAAAUUUAGUUCAACUUGGAAAUAUUUUGAGAAAUUUUCUUUAUCCCAAAAUAUGCGAGUUCUUUCGGAAGAACCUGAAUUUGCAAAUUUUUUACUGGAUUUAGGUGAUGGAAAUUUAAAUGAUUCUAAUAAUAAUAUACAGAUACCUCAAUGUUGUAUUGCAUCACCUGAUACAGAUAUCGUUGCAGAUAUAUAUGGAGAUUUAAUUAAAAAAAAGGAUUUUUUGAAACUCGCUAAUUUUGUAAUACUUUCAGCUAGAAAUACUGAUGUUGAAGAAAUAAAUAAACGAGUUGUAGAAUUAUUAGAUUCUUCUGGUGAACGAAUAUAUACAAGUAUUGAUAGUAUUGUAAAUUCUGAUG